AUGAACAUGUUGUCGAAAUUCACGUCUUCCAAGGCCGUCGACUCGGGACAAGGACCCUAUGAUGAAGAAGUCGACGUCCUCAUCGUCGGCGCUGGAGCUGCCGGCCUGACCGCUGCGCUGCGCACGCGCUUCCACAGCCUGCAACCGCUCCUCGUCGACAAGAACGACAAGCUCGGCGGCAGCUCUGCCUACUCGGGUGCCGGGCUAUGGAUACCGCAAAACCCUCUUGCCGAGGCUGCAGGCAUUCGUGACAACAAGCAAGAUGCCUUGAAAUACAUGGAGGCUGUCAUAGGUCAUGAUGCCGGCCCAGCCUCGUCAGCAAGUCGGAAGCUCGCCUACCUCGACCAAGGCCCGCACAUGGUUCGCUUCUUGCAGACGCUGGGCUUCAACUGGCGCCUGAGCCGCGGCUGCCCAGACUACUAUCCCACGUCACCGGGUGCGAUGCCGCACUUUGGCAGGACCAUCGAACCAGGCGUCUUUGACCUGAAUCGCAUCGACAAGUGGCAGUCGCUGCUACGGGCGCGCCCGCGACAGCCACCGCCCCUCUUCACAGACGAGGCAAGCAGUGUCACGAGGCUGGGAUCGUCCUUCAGAGACUUUGGCAAGGCCAUGAGCGUCAUGUGUCGCGGCAUAUGGCUCAAGCUGCGAGGCCAGGCACCCGCGACUAUGGGACAGUCGCUCGUCGGACAGCUUCUCUACCUGGGACAACAAUCACAGGUGCCCAUCUGGCGAAACGCGCGCCUGGUGGACAUUAUACAAGCGCCGGAUGGGACAGUGGUUGGCGCAAGCGUGCAGCAGACAAGCAGCGACGGUGGGCAUCGUGAACUCCGCAGGAUUCAUGCCCGGCGCGGCGUAUUGCUCUGCGCGGGUGGCUUCGCGCAUAACAAGGAACUGAGGGACAGAUAUGGCCCGGCGCCAGCAAGCACCGAAUGGACGAGCGUGCCCGAGGGAGACACGGGCGACGCGAUCCAAGCCGGUAUAAAGCUGGGGGCGGCGACGGCCCUCAUGGACGAGGCCUGGUGGGGUCCAACAAUUCUUGACCCUGUUCUAGGGAGAUAUUUCUUUGCUCUUCAGGAACGUGCGCGUCCCUAUAGUAUUAUCAUCGACUCGACUGGGUCACGGUUCAUGAACGAGUCCGCGCCAUACGUAGACUGUGGGCAUAACCAAUACAGGCGCAACCAGGAGGUCAAGGCUAUUCCAGGCUGGCUGAUCCUUGAUACAAACCACCGCAAGAAGUACUCGCUUGGGUCUCUUAUGCCUCGACAGGAAGCCAAAGUCGGCUUAGAAAACGGAUAUAUUUACCGCGCUGAUACCCUAGCCGAGUUAGCCUCCCAGAUCGACAUUAAACCGUCGGCGCUCGAAUCGACCGUGGCUCGGUUUAACGGCAUGGCGAAAGAUGGCGUGGAUGCGGAUUUUGGCCGGGGUGGCAACGUUUUCGAUAACUACUUUGGAGAUCCAAAGGUUCAGCCCAAUCCUAACCUAGGACCCAUUAGUGCGCCGCCAUUUUACGCGGUUCCUAUUGUGCCCGGCGAUUUAGGUACCAAAGGCGGACUUGUGACGGACGAACAUGCCCGGGUCUUACGAAGCGAUGGGUCUGUGAUCAAGGGCUUAUAUGCGACUGGAAAUACCACGGCGAGUAUUAUGGGCAGGACAUAUCCCGGGGCUGGAGCGACGUUAGGUCCCGCGUUGACAUUUGCUUACAUUGCCGUAAAUCACAUGGCUGGUUCUAUAGCCGUGUAG